AUGAGGGUUAGGAACCUAAAAAGAAUAGCCAAAAUUGCGUGUCACUCAUGUGGUUCUGUUGCGGAUGCAUUUCUUAAUCCAACGAACACGUUAUGCUGCCGAAUUUGUCCACGCGCGGCGAUACGGCGCCGCCUCUCGCUCCACGUACUCACCGACUACGACGGCGCCAGGCUGCGUAGCCUCCCGCCAGGCGGCUCCGCGGUGGCGUCCACCCUGUUCCUGGCCUCCCGCCCCGGGGCAGGGGGCAACGGCAUGGUGGAGAUCGUCAUGCCCGGGCUCGGGCUCGGUGACGAGGGGCGAGCGAGGUUCCUGCCCAUGGGCUCCGGCCCCGGUUUCUGGCAAGCCGCCUUCUACGCCAGGUCCGUGUACGAAGCGCCUGGCGACAUGGCGGUGCUGCAGGUCUCCGCCGUGAUGUCGGCCGGAGGCCCGCGCAAAGCUACUGAUUAA